CGCAACCCCCCUUUCCGACAAAGUGGGCGCGCUUGGGGCGGUCCCUGCUCGCUCGCCAGCAGCGGCGGCCGUGGCCGAGUGUGUUUCCCCUUUGGCUUGUGGUGGCUGGUUAUCGCGAGCAGCGAGGGACUAUGUGAAGAAUCGCCGGAUAACCAAUUUCCUGCUGCGCGCGCGGCUUCUCUGCGUGUUCCUUUCGUGGUGCGCGCCGUGGCCGCCCUUUUUCGACGAGACGAAGCAACGCUCCCGGGGCGCCCAGGGAGAAGAAACUCCGCGGCUAUGAUGCGCGACGGCUAGCUACCGUCGCCGCGGUGAAACAAAAAAGAGAAAAAGAAACUAGCGCCUCGCGUCACAGCCAUCGAUUCUCCGAGCGACGGUGACGCCGUGCCCCCACAAUGGCAUUGCACGAGGGCUACCAGGUGUCGAUGGUGGCCGACUGCUUCCACGCUGUGCCGCACGUCGAUAUCGGUUUUUCCCCCGUCAAUUCCACCUUCGACCCCACCAGCAACGUCUACCUUGAGAGCCUGGGCAUCCUGAUUGCGGUGCCGGGCUUCUGGUUGAUCCUCACCCUUCUGGCAUUCCUCAUCUUCUUCCUCUGCCGAUGCUGCGACUCGGGUCUCAAGAAAAAACGACGGCUCACACCGCUCAAAUGGAUCCUGGCAUUUUUUGCACUCCUCUGUUGCGGUUCGUUGGCACUGGGACUGUUUGGAAACGACCAGGCUCACAGUGGAUGUGGUGGCCGUGCAGAAAUCAACCCAGCACAUAGAAGACAACCUCAGCAAUUUCGGCAACCAGACGCAAUACCUGGAGCGAGCCCUCGGUCAGAAUGCCAAGGACCAGCUGCAGGGACUGACUGAGGCACUGCUGGUCCCAUGCCUGAUCCCGCUGCCCGAAACUUGCUUGACCGCGGGCUGGAGCUCAUCAAAGGAAACCUGAGCGUUGGCGCUGGGCGCGCCCAGGAGCUGCACUCCCGCAUUGGGCAUCUCACUCUCAGCCCGCUGCCUAGAGCUCUACAGUUGAUGGAGCUCUUCCGGUGGCCUGCGACAAUUGGCCUUCUGUGCAUGCUCAUUCUGGUCUGCCUGCUGCUGCUCUGGGGUGUCAUCCGGCACUCACGCUGCCUGCUCAUUCUGUUUUCGGUCCUGGGUCUGCUUUCCGUGGUGUUGUGCUGGGUGCUGGUCUCCCUCUAUCUUGGCAUCUGUGUGGCUGGCUCAGACUUUUGCCUGGACCCUGAACCAUUCCUUCAGAAGCAGUCCAGUGGAAUGGUGGACAGUGCUGUGCUCAACUACUACCUUCACUGCAGGGAUGACUCUUCCAGUCCAUUUGUAGAGCCACUCAGAGAGGCGCGGGCAGCUGUCGACGGCGUGCAGACUCUCCUGGCACCAAUGACACAAGUGGCGGACCGCUACUUCCCCCGCAAGGAGGUGCACUCCCUGCUGAAUCAGCUGGGCCAGGAACUCAACGGCAGCCAGAACGCGCUCGGGAUGCUCGGCCUUCUGCUUGACUGCCGCCCGCUCAACCGCGAAUACCGGCGCGCCAUGGAUGCCACCUGCACUGGCCUUCUAGAGGGCACAGCCUUCAUGCUGGCUUCUGCCCUCGGAGGCGGACUGCUGUUCACGGUGCUUAUCUGGGUGGCCUCUCACACCUGGAUUCACAUUCGACAGAGGCGGCCGCGAGAUACCGUGGACGAGGAGGACCCUUUCCUGCCCCCCUCCGCGGUGGGUGCGCCUCGACGCAGCCGCGACACGAAUGGACGUACCGCAAGCCGUGAAGAGCAAGCAUUUCUACAAGCCAGGUACACACCGCCCCCAACGGCCAGCAUGCGGCCCGUGGCCUCGGACUCGUGGGAACCGUUGUUGGCGUCCAGGGGUGGCAACACACGCCGGGGCGUCACGCCGGAGCGGGCCCUGUCGUUCUCUUUUGUUUCCUUUGCCACCACGACGGCGACCUGACGUGCGCCACAAAGUUCUGAGAGGGCAAGAGACAGAGACUUGACUCCGGCAAUGAGAAGACGUUGAAAACCACCUCCUUUCCCUCAUUCUUGUACCUUCUCCAUCAUUUGACCGCACAAGUGUGUUGACCUCACCAGACCAGCGAUUUCUUUUUUUUUUUGCAUCGUCGAACGUGCUACAGUGACCCUCUUAGUAGAGCUCCCCAUCUUCCCUUGCUAUUUUUUUUUUUUAAUCGUCCCCUGUAUUCGUCUGAUCAUGUGCCAGUUGCUUUCUCAUCCGCUUUCUCACGCUGGAACACGAGUGCAUCUGCUGGGGAUUCGGUGGCAAGAGCAGCUUGGUGCCACCAGUGUUGUUCAGAAGUUACCGCGAGAUGCUUUUGUUGAAGAAUAUGUUUGAAGAUGCAUUGCAGCAAGCUCUGAACUGCUGCUUUAAUAAGAAGUGCUGCUUUCAGCGUGUCUGCAGUGUUUCUGAAUACACAGUAAGGUGUAUUGAGUUUUGAAGGCAUCUGGAUGUAGUGUACCAUUCCAACCAGUGAUCUUUUUGAAGUUGGCCAUUUGACAAGGCAAGUCAGGAAGUUUCUUCUUUGAAUAUUUGAUGGUGGCUGCCGGUCCUCAUUACAGAAUGUUUGCAUGGUCAUAUUCAAGGUGCCAUGUAUCUGCCAAAGUUCUUUGUAAGUUAGCGAGUCGUGGAUGCGACUUGAGAUGGAAGAUGAAAGGACAGAUCAAAGGUAGCACGAGUAGACAAAGACAGCGGGGCAACACUGUGACCCCCUUGCAAACAUUCUUGCAAAGAUGCCAAAUGAAUUUCGAAGACUUGACUCAAGAGACAGUCAGUACAAAGUCCUCUGCUGAUGUUUAAUUGAUUUCACUGAACCUGUCGAAUUCGCCAAAGCUCGGCGCAAACAGUAAACGCCGCAGCAAAAGAAGCUUGUACCCAAGUAUGUAGUUCGCUUACGUGCGGUGCACGUCUUUGUAUCGAUUUACACGACCCACCACGACUGAUUCCUGCCAGAAUUGCUUGCACACGGGGCAAGUGUUUUUGCUGGCGGUCCGCAUGGAAUCAACGGAGGAGUUGUGGACGACUGUUAAAACCACUCAACAUGGGUGCGACGGUGUGAGCAAGCUGCGCAAUGAUGUUGUGAUCAGCAUAGUGAAAUCCCGAGUUAUCUUUGCUGCUUCUGCAAUGCAAGCCAGCAGGGCCACGUCACAUCGCCAGACUGCUUCAGAACCCAUCGCCACCUUCACCGUACGCUGCGCACAAGUGUUGUCACGGAAUGUUAAACAGCUUGGAGACGGAUUGUGCACAAUUUCUGCACGGAGUUGCGUAAAAGGCACGCCCUGGCAUGUCCUUCACCGUCACCAUGAAAAGCUGCACAAGAAAGGCUUCAGAGAGAUGGUCAGGUGGAAGGGCAAGAGCGUUGUGACAACGCCUCAACCCUGGCACCGUAGUCGGUUGUAGACUCUCUCAUGCUGGAUUCGUGGGAAAGUUUCACGGCGUCCCGGGUCACCACACGGAAUUACGAUGGUUGGUUGCAUGGAGAGAAUGCCGUGAAGGGUUGGUCGUGCCACGCUUGAUGUCGUGCAACUUGUUGCGAUGCCACCUGAUGCGGUCCUGCAACUUGAUGCGGUGAUCAUCACUGUUGCUGCACCUCUGUGCCUGCAGCCCCAAACAUUCCUUGACCCGCAGCAGGCCGGUGGUGUUCCUCAUUUCUCUUUUUCCCCUCAAGGAGCCCAGCUAGUCAGCAGAAACCCCGGGGUUGUAAACGAGACUCUGUUCGGGCACCCGUCGUCCUUCACCCGAAAAGUGCCAGUCGGCGUCGUAUGCCGGUUGUGACUGCCACCGUGACGUCACCGCACGCAUUUGUUUGUUUGUACGCGUUGCUUUCGCCUUUUCGUUUUUUUUUUUUUUUCUUCUCUCGUUGCCGAGAAUCUCGCGCUCCGACUUGCGGACGCGUGCAUCCACCAAUGCUCAACUCGUGUACGGCUCUGCCACCUAGGCGCGGAUCUCUUUGUGGGAGGCUUUCCUUUUAUUGCGUAUAUGGACAGCCUGGAUAGACAUACUUAAGUUCUCACAGUCGCAGAGUUUUAUUUUGUGUACGCUUGCUCAGGUCAGAAAUCACUGAAUGGAUCAACAUGAAAAAUUAUGGCUGUGCGCAAGGCGUGUUGUGAGGUGUUCAUUUCCACGGUACUGUCUUAAACGUUGGACCAGAAGCAACCGAUUUAGUCGUCUGUGCUGGAAGUGUUUUAUGCUUAUCGGAAUGCUUUAAAAAGAGAAGGUAAGGUUUUACGCUCCAGUUCAGAAUUAUUUAAAUUCUCAGCUAGCUUAUUUUGUCGCAUAUUAAUCCUGCUGUUAUUCAAGCUUGUGAAUUGUAUUUGCGGAGUGAAUGACUGUAUUGUCGGUGCAGCCGUACGUUCUGACUACACAAGCAUUUUAACUUGAUUAGGUUUGAAGUCAGGCAUUGCCUGUUUUACUUGUCGAAGGGCCUGCUUUUGCACACCAAGAAUGCUAACUAGAUGCGUUUGAGCACGAAACAACCAAGGUAAAAUUUGUCGUUUUGACAAUCUAUCCUCACAUUUAGCAACAUCCCUGCUAUGGACCAAAUCAUUGUAUACGCACACAUACACCCCGGCACAACUUCUUUCACAUUCCUGCGAUUGACACAUGAAUGUCUACCACUUUUUAUCAGCGUAAAGCGCUGUUUUAAAAAAUAUUUUUAGAACGUGAUUCCGUGAUGUAACGUCUCUGCAAGAAACCAUCUGGACCAACUGCUUUAGUCAUUCCAGGUGUUUGUUUUCUCGUGUGCAGGAAAUCAUUGCAUUCCAGUAUUUCAUAUUAAGUGGUCACGCUGCAUUUAUGCAGCACACAUCUGAAAUGUGCGUAAACAGGUUGUGUUUCUUUUGUUUCAAGCCUCCCUAAAGAGAUCCGUGAGCUGCUGUGCGCACAUUUCACAUUCUCGGGCGUGUCCCGGGUUUGUCGUCAUUACUGUACGUAGUACGUGUCGUUAAGUGUGUGCUGCGCUGUUUUUUGGCAAAGGGCAACCGACACGUCUCAUUUUCGUUGUCUGUGUGUGCAAUGUGUGUACAUCACAAAAGAGAGAGGAAAAAAGAACUUUGUUAAUACUUUCUUUUCGCUGGAAGACCGCAGAAGCAACUCUGUAGCUAUCGAAAACCAAAGAUGUAUUGUUCUCGAAGUUUCUGGGUCUUCUCAGCCAGCCAUGCAUUUGGAUUCUCGGAGCGCCCUGGAACCAACAUGUCUGCUGCCAAUGCCGUGUUCAUUUUGUAACCGCGAAUGAUUUUGGCAAAACGCGAAAAUCUGCGAAACACCGCGUCGACUUGUUGGGAGGCGGUUGUGAGCUAGGCGUGCACAAAAUGGGCGCGAGUGUCUGGCUUUGAACUCCAGCAGCAGUUUUGGCUGUACAGGCGUUUCUAGCCGUCGCAUCACGCCUUCGGCGAAAUUGUACCUCCGCAUUCAGUCGGCAGUGGCAGGAGUUGUCUUGCAAAGUGAUCAGGUGCCUAUGCAUCACUCUGUCUCAAAUGUAUGGAAGAAAA